UCAGCUAGAAAAAAGAAAAAACUUUUUUGGUUACAUUAUUGAAUCAUUGAUUUGCCAUAGGCUUGAGCCUGUUGGGCUUUUAAGAAAUUCAUAAAAUGGCCCAUUAGCUUGAAACGACGCUUGAAUCAGACCAAAAGAACAAGAGACGCAAAGCAGUUAGCCACUUAAUGAACUCAUUGAGGCAUUUCAACAAACAGGUAACAAGCGUUACAAUGUUUCUCAAGAACACAAAUAUUUGCUACCACAAGCUGAAGUCAAAACCAUCGCUUAUCAAUUAUUUAACUCGAAGUUUCUCAGUUUGGUCUAUGAAGAAAGACCCUGAUCUUGAAUCAGCACUAUCAAGAAACCGUAGAUGGAUAGUCAAUAACCAAAUCAAAAACAUAAUAUUAAGGUACCCUAAUCAAGUUAUUCCUGCUAAGUCUCUACAGAAGAAGUUCAAGAGCCUUGAUCUUCAAGGUAAAGCACUCAAUUGGCUAAAGAAAUACCCGUGUUGUUACGAUGUGUUUCUUGAUCAGGAUGAGUAUUACUGUCGAUUAACUAAGCGAAUGGCGUUUUUAGUAGAGGAGGAAGAGUCUGUCAAGGAAAUGCAAGAGUCUAUACUCGCGGAGCGGUUAGCUAAGCUGUUGAUGAUGAGUGUGAAUCACAAGCUUAAUGUUGUUAAACUUGGUGAGUUGAAGAGAAAUUUUGGAUUCCCUGAUGAUUAUUUGCUUAGAAUUGUUCCGAAGCAUUCGGAUAUGUUUCGACUUGUUAAUUAUAGUGGAAGAAAGAGUUCAAUGGAGAUUGAGCUUUUGUCAUGGAAACCUGACUUGGCAGUUUCUGCUGUUGAAGUGUCUGCUAAAAAGCAGGGCUCUGAACCUUGUUUUACAGGUUCAUUGCCUUCAACAUGGGUUACAUCAUUGGAAAGAUUUCGUGAAUUUAAUUCGACGCCUUAUAUUUCACCUUAUGUGGAUUCGAGAGGCUUGUCGGAGGAUUCGAAAGAGAUGGAGAAAAGAAACGUGGGUUUAGUGCACGAGUUGCUGUCGUUGACCCUGUGGAAGAAGUUGUCCAUUAUGAAACUAGGGCAUUUUAGCAGAGAGUUCAAUUUACCGGAUAAGCUGAAUGUAUUUGUGCUCAAGCAUCCUGGUAUAUUUUACGUGACGAACAAGUAUCAGAUUUAUACUGUUAUCCUAAGGGAAGGGUAUAAUGGAUCGGAGUUGAUUGAUAAAGACCCACUUGUUGUGGUGAAGAAUAAAUUUGGUGAGUUGAUGCAGGAAGGGCUGCAUGAGUAUAAUCAGAGGCGACGCUCGAUCAAUCUAGAGAACAAGAAAAAGAAGGGAAUUGUUUCGUUAAGGCCUGAGAGAGUGAAGGAGAAUGACAAUGAAAUGCCAGAGCAAGAUGCUGCUGGUGCUAAUAAGUUAGGAGGUUUGUUCAAUCCGGAGGAAAGAAAACGAUUUUAUAAAGUUCUUUUUGAUGAUGAUCGGCCAUAAAAUAAAUGGUUGUUCUUUUGUUGUUUUUCUAGUAUCACAGGUUGUGUAUGAAUCCCAGUUAUAGAGUUAGUAUGCAGGAAAUCAUGCAGUUCGUAUAUUAUUAUACUCCUUUCUGAUGCCUA